CAACUGUCAAUCAUGUAAAUAAAGAAGCCCGAAGGCUGAACUUUAUUUGUGAACUAAACAGUUAUUGUAUUCUGGAUCGACAUUUUUCACAAAAUUCAAUAACCAAGUGUGCAAAUAACAACCUCAAAACAAAAUUAAAUCGUACAGAAGUAGCCAGAGAUUUCAAUUGGCAUAAAAAAGUCACACCUUCGAUUGCUCAGCCAGCGUGUGUGGACUUUGUUUUUUUUUACUUUGUCAUUUUUGUUAUUCAUAUUACCAAUACUGCAAUGGCGUGUGCUACACUGAAACGCUCCUUGGAUUGGGAAGCAAUCAAUCAAAUUUCGCCGAAACGUCGACGUUUUACGUCGAUGCGUGAUACUUCGUCACCCAAUAAGCCCGGAUGCUCAUCCGAAUUGUUGAAAGAACCGAAAGUAUCCGCUUUUGCUGAAUCGGACUUCAAGCGAUUGAUUCCGGAAAAAUUGGCUCAAAACAUCAAUGCGCAAAAAUCGCGCAAAAGACGACGUGAACAGAUUUCUUCAAACGACUACGAACCGAUGCAAGAUUCCGAAUCGAGUGGAUCGGAAAUGAGCGCUGAAAUCGACAGUCCGCGAAGCAUGACCAGUUCACCGAGGAACCCGAGAAAUACAGAAAAAGGACUUUUCACCUACAAAGAAGUCCAGAUGAUUUGCGAACGUAUGCUCAAAGAACAGGAAGACAAUUUGCGAGAACAAUAUGAUGCCGUUUUGACCACAAAAUUGGCUGAACAAUACGACGUUUUUGUUAAAUUCACUUAUGAUCAGAUUCAAAAGCGAUAUGACAGCGCCACCGCUCCGAGCUAUCUUUCGUAAUAAUCAUGUAAUCGCAUUCUUUCAUACUUAAUUACUUAAUACUGUAAUUUUCAAAUUUAAUAAAAAUACACGAGUGUUUGAGAUCGAAGCAGA